UAGAGCAGCUGUGGUCCCAUCGUCUUCAACCAUCAUUCCUCUCUGUAUUUGGACGGAACAACGUCCCAUCAUUCAAUCUAAUUCCUUCUUCUGUUCAACGCAAUUCGCCCAGCUUCACACUCCGCCCCUUCAAAUGGCGAUCCAGAACGCUACCUCCACUUCUUCCAUCGAUCCGAACUCUGGGUUCUGCCCAAAAACCGGGACUUACCACAGCCUCAGACCUCUUGCUCCGCUUCCUCCGCCGUCCGCGCCACUCUCUGUCACUGACUACAUCUUCUCCCACCUCGCCUCCCAUCCUCCGCCGGCGACCGCCACCGCUCUGGUGGACGUCAGCACUUCCCGCGGCGUCGCGUACCCGGAGCUCAUCCGCCGAGUCAGGUCUCUGUCCUCCUCCCUCCGCUCCCGCCUCGGCCUCUCCAGAGGUGACUGUGCCCUAAUCAUCUCCCCAAAUUCGCUCGAUAUUCCGGUCCUCUACCUCUCUCUGUUCUCCAUCGGCGUCGCGGUCUCUCCCUGCAAUCCUAGCAGCACUGCUCCGGAGAUUCUCCACUUAAUCCAGCUCUCGAGACCUUCGAUCGCGUUCGCCAUGUCCAAAACCGCUAGCAAAGUCCCUUCCCCUCCGCUCGGAACGGUUCUAAUCGACUCGCCGGAGGUCGAGUCCCUGAUGAGGGUUGUGGUUCCAGCCGGCGAUCCCGACCAAAUUGAUGUCUCGCAAUCGGACACGGCGGCGAUCUUGUACUCGUCGGGGACGACAACGGGGAAAGUGAAAGCCGUGGCGCUGACCCACCGGAACUUGACGUCGAUGGUGGCCGGAUCCUACGCGGUGAGAGCGGCGAGGGCCUCCACGGCUGUCGCACUGUGCACGGUGCCGUACUUCCACGCGUUUGGGUUCACCUACUGCGUGCGGUCGGUGGCGAUGGGGGAGACGCUGGUGUGCAUGGGGAGGUUUCGGAUGGAGGAGAUGGGAAGAGCCAUCGAGCGGUUCAGGGUCAGCCACACGGCGGUGGCCCCGCCGGUUGUCAUUGCGAUGGUGAAAGGCGGGAGCGUGAUGGAAGGGUACGAUUUCAGCUCGCUCGAGGUGGUCGUUUGCGGCGGCGCUCCACUUCCGGCGACGGUCGUCGCGAGGUUUAAGGAUCGCUUCCCCAAUGUGCAGUUGGCUCAGGGAUACGGGUUAACCGAAUCGACAGGACGAGCCUUUGGGACUGUUGGUCCGAAGGAAUCCGCAGUAGUCGGCGCGACCGGAAAGCUCGUGCCUGACUGCGAAGCUAAGAUCAUCGAUCCCGACACCGGAGCAUUCUUGCCGCCUUGCAAAGUCGGCGAACUUUGGGUCAGAGGAUCUUCCAUUAUGAAGGGUUAUGUUGGAGAUGAACAAGCCACCAGGGCGAUUGUGGACACGGAGGGGUGGUUGAGAACCGGCGAUCUCUGUUACAUUGAUGGACAAGGCUUCCUCUUUUUCGUGGACAGGAUAAAGGAGAUCAUCAAAUACAAAGGUUACCAGGUGGCACCGGGGGAGCUGGAGCAUCUUCUUCAAUCCCAUCCGGAUGUUGUAGAUGCCGCCGUCGCCCCGUAUCCCGAUGAAGAGGCCGGUCAGAUACCCAUGGCCUUUAUUGUGAGGCGACCGGGAAGCGCUGUCGAUGAGCCGAGCAUUAAGGCGUUUGUUGCACAAAUGGUCGCCCCCUACAAGAAAAUCCGACACGUCAUGUUCAUCGAUUCCAUACCUAAAAAUGCAGCUGGUAAAGUUUUGAGGAGGGAGCUGAGCAAGCUCGCGUCGUUGGGAGGUGCUAGUAAAAUAUGAACUUUGAAGCUCACCGACGCGUAGCUUUCCGUGUUUUAGUUUCCUUCAGUGCCGUAGGGGUAACCGGUGGCCCUCGUUCAUCUAUUCAUGUGACCAAAAAUUGUUGGACCGGAGCUCUUUGGGUCCGAUACAAGUAAAUGGCCAAAAGUGACCUCAAGCUAUCCAAAUGCUAUCAUAGUGUCUUGAAAGGAGAGUGCUGUGUGUUGCUUGUUGCUUUCCAGUAAAACACAUGACAACGGGGUUUCCAGUGCAUUACAGUUUCUUAGUUUGAGUGAGCCAGUAGAGAAGUUGCACAAAAUACCAACAAAGCAGAAUGAACUCCAAAAACUGGAGUUAAUGUCUUAAUUGAUGAUAUCAUCCAAAGAUCAGCAGUUACCAUCUCGA